AUGCCCUCAGAGGCCGUGCAGGCGACCGGACGUGCCCACCUGUGCUCGGACGUGCCCCUCCGCAAGCGCGGACGCCCGCGCAAGGGCAAAGACGACGCAGUGCAGCAAGAGUCAGUGGCCACCGACGCGGCCAGCGCACGCAAAGCAAACCACCGCCACAAGACGCCCUCUGCUGCUCCCCUCGCCGUCGCACCGGCGCCGACUCAGGCCGAGGCCUGGACGCCCACGUCACCACCGCAGCAAACAGGCCGACCCGCCCACACACCACAGGCCCGGUCGACACAAGCCCAGGGUCCACCGAGGCCACAACCCACGCAUCUGCCGCACCAUAGCGCACGCAGUGGUGGCGGCGCCGGCGGCCAACUCGAGUCGGACAGCGCGGCAGCAGCCGGCAGCGGCGACGGCGGGGCGACGGGAGAGGACCGCGAGGUGCUGAGCAAGCUCAACCUGCUGACGAGCAUGGUGGAGAUGAUGGCCGGCGAGAUGCGGGAGAUGCGCCGGGACCACGAUAAGCUUAAGACCAAGCUGCGCAAGGUGGUGGGCAAGAUGAAGGACGUCAAGGCCAAGCAGGCCCAGGCCGACAUCCGCUCGUCCCUCGCCUUCGCGCAGAUUCAGCACCAGCAUCAGCACCAGUACCAGCACCAGCAGCACAACUACAACCAACCCCACCACAACCAACAACAACACAGCCACGGCCAGCACCACACGCAGCAGCAGCAGCAGAACGAGUGGCAGGCGACUGGACCACUGCCGCGUAAGCGACAGCGGCUCGCGUACGACGACGAGGACGAUUACGAGGAUGAGGUGGUGCAGAUGCGGGGCUACGGCUACGGCGGCGGCAGUGGCUUCGAGGAGCAGCAACAGCAACAGCAGCGAAGAGGCCUCGGAGGCGACAGCGGAGAGGCUGAGCAGGGCCACCACCACUCGACGCUGGUGCCGCUGCCGCUGGUACCGGUUCACUCGCGGUCGAUCGUGGAGGAGGUCGGCCGGUUCGCGCCCUUCCUCGCCCAGUACAACGUCUCGGAACACGCGUUUGCCGUUCGCGACCUGAGUCGGCCGAUCUGUGUGAUCGUGUUCCGGUCGGUGUACGACCCCGCGCCGCCGCUCCUGCUGUACGCCAACAGCGCGUUCGCCGACCUGCUGUCCUACUCUUGCGGUGAGCUGGUGGGAUCGCCGAUCCAUAACAUCUGCGUGCCCAACCGGAAGUUGACCGCUCAGUUCGCCUCCCUGUGCAUUAAUCAGAAACCCAUGUCGGCCAGUGUGGUGUAUUUCAUGACUCCGCUGUUUCGGCGGAGGGACGGGCGGAUGCUGCGCACCCAACAGAACGUGCAAUUCUUUUACGAUGCCCAGGGCCAUGUCAAGUACGUGCUGUCGAACUUGCUCGAUUGGCGCGAGGACCAACUGCGCGACGGUGAGGAGCUGGGCCAAUGGCUGCCGCUGGCCGACUUUCUGCCCGUCUCCUCUUCGUCACCGGCGUCCGACUCGUCCUCCCCAUCUCCCAUUCCCGCACCAUCACCAUCGUCGUCGUCUGCCCACCACUGGCCAAGGAGCCAGCCGCCAGCGCCGUCGGCGACAACGUGGAAUGCACACACGGCCAGCAGCGCGGCUGUAGAGGAGGCCCGCGGCCACCACCAGACCUUCCAGCACAUGCCAGCGACUAACCAUCAACCACCACUGGCACAACACCAUAGCCACCACCAGCAUCACCACCACCGGCAGUACCACUACCAAACAGCAGCCCCGAUGGCAGCGCCCUCGCCCCCACUAAGCGACUUCUCCUACCCGCCUCCAUCCACAUCACCAUGGCACGACCAUUUCCUGUAA